AACAGAGUAAGGCAAGGAAGACUUCAGGUUUUCAAAAUCAACUUUGGGUCCCUGGAACUCAAAGGCCCACCAACCACAACCAAGUACAUAAGAUCAAUACUUAGAACUAAAUAAUUUGGAACCAAUUAAUUCAUUAGAAAUACCAGAAUUGAACAGAGCUCACUAAUCCUCCUAUACAUAGAUCCAGUUACUCCAAAUAUUAUUCGCCUUAGCAAUAUCAUUUUGGAAUGGGAGGACAGUCACCUCGUUGGGAAUCAAAAAUCAGCUAAUCCAGUCAAUUAAAAAUACCUUUUUCCACACCCUUGAUGUUAGAGCCAGACAGUAAGCUUUCUGCAUGCUUGAAACUGGUUAUAUUUUGUUCUAUAAACAGUGCACGGUCUACAUUUAUUCAACCAUACUCUAGAGCACAUAUCCCUCAGCAGUGUUUAUCAUUCCUUGCUGAACUACUUGGUCACUGUAUUUUUUCACUCCAGCUCCCAGGAUUUGUUACUUUCUGCUUUAGUUGUUGCCUGCUGCUAAUUUAUUUUCAUGGACCCCUAUCAAACAAACAAGCCAACAAAUUCUUACCAGAACCUUUGAAAUGGCAGUGGUUCAAUUUCCAAAUAUUGCGCGGGGGGGGGGGGGCAGGGUAAUGGUGGGGAAAUUCCUGAAUAGAUGGCCAAACAGAGACCUACGGGGCUGGAAUCGAGGAUAACCUUUAGCUUGAGAAUGUUAAAAUCCAUGGAGGAUACAGUUCUAAAUGCCUAGUAGUCAUGUCUAUACAUUAUAAAUUAAUUACCCCCAGUAUAAGAGGCAGUGUGUAUCAAUAUACCAGUUGAUGGGCAUGAGGGUGCUUUCAGAGAUUGGAAAUAUUCCCUCUCUUACCCCCUUUCCCCUCUUUUUUGGACUACAUCUCUCAGAAUCCUGCAACUAGCGUGACCAGACUUUGGGGGUUAUAAUCCAAAAGGUAGUUUUUUCAAGUUCUGGGUGAGUUGUGAAAAUGUUCUGUUCGUGGACUUUCCUGAGGCAUCUAGUUGGCCAAUAGACUAAAUACUGACGUUAAGUUAUGCUAAUGUUCAGUAGAGCUUACUUUGUUCUUAAAGAUCUCCAUCUUGGGAAGGAAAUAGCUUGGAAAAGAGGGUGGAAGCUCUUUGUGAGUGAGUAGCAUGUUUGAAGUUCAUGCUAAUUGUCUCCGUUCUGUUUUGUUGUUGAAAGUUUUCUCUUUUAGUGCUGAACCUGAAAAUCACUACUACUUAAACUCACCAGUUAGCAGUGGACUGUAAUGGGAAUCUUUCCCAGUCGAAGGAAGGAGAUUACAGCUGAGCCAAGUCCACAGAACAGCCAAUGUCUCAACCCCAGCCUUGUUGUUACACCACCAGGUGCAAAUAUCUCUAUAGCAAUUGCAGUGUGCAAUUUCCCUUCUGGACAUGCAGAGCCAAUACUGAGGAUGGGAGAGCAGCUGAAGUUGCUAUCUGAAGAGGGUGAAUGGUGGAAAGUGGAAUCAAUUGUGACUGGCAAGGACUGCUAUAUUCCCAGUAACCAUGUAGCUAAAAUUUCUCACAGGUGGCUUUAUGAGGGCAUCAGUCGUGCAAAAGCUGAAGAGUUGCUGCUGCUGCCUUACAACUGUGAAGGCUCUUUCCUGGUAAGAGACAGCCAAGUGAGGAAAGCAGGUUGCUACUCCUUGUCAAUCAGACACACAAGUCAUGCUUCCUGGGACUGUGUGAAACACUAUCGCAUUAACUGCCUAGAGAACAGCUGGCUUUACAUUUCACCCCGCCUCACCUUCUCAAGUCUGCAGGAACUGGUAGACUAUUAUUCUGAAACUAGGGAUGGCUUAUGUUGUUGCUUGAAGGAGCCAUGCUUCAUUCAAGGAUCUACGUCACACUUACUCCAUAACCUUUCCAAACCAGUAGUAGUGAGCAAGCCAGCUCUCAACUGGCAGGAGAUCAACAGCUCCGAUUUCUUGGCAGAAGGCCCAGUACCAGAAGACUCUCCUAUCAGUCUGGGCCUGCGUGAAGCUGUAACAUCUUAUCUAUUAAUAACUGAAGACCGGCCUUUAGGUGACACACUUGACAUGAAGAGAUCCAGAAACACAUAAAAGGAUUAUUGGUAUUCACUUCUAGAAGAACAUGAAGCUUGAACAGAAUACAAGACUUUUUAUAUGCGCCUCAUACCCUUGAAUGCAGUAUGAACUUACUCCAGGAAGCAGUGACCAUUCAGUCCAAUAUGUCAUCGCUGUACAUCCCCCUCCCCUUUUUUGCCACUAUAGGCUCUGCGGAUUCCAUUCAGACAGACUAUAUGUGUAUUUAUAUCCAUCUAUUAAUGUCCGCUACUCCUACAGAAUUCUGUAUUAUGUAACUGUGAACAAGACUUGAGAAAUUUACAAUGAAUUUGCUUCAUUUAAAUUUCUGCAGAGCACCAAUGGCGCACUUCUUGAAUCAAGAGCUAAUAAAGGCAAACCACUUCAGAGAGCAAGAUUUGGAUAUUUGGGCAAUGAAAUCUUCCUUCUUGUUUCUUGAAUCUACUGAUGCAACCUUCUACCACUAAUGCUCUUGUAUUUUUCUGUCUUCUAAAGAUGAGGGAUGAAUGUUUUU